GUUGAUUAUGUCAGCAAAAUCUUAUCUCUGAACUGGUAGCGUGCUGAUUGUGGUAGACAUUGUCACCGGUCUUAUCGGACAGCCGUCAGUUGGUGUUUGACAAUGGGUUGGCAGAGACCUGCAGAGCCUGCGGUUCCGACCGUUUGGUACACAUUCCAGGCGCCGGAUCCAGACAACGACGGCCAGCUGGCGACGUACCGAGUGGAAGAUCUGACCGAAGAUCGCUACGAUGACAUGAUCCAGCACUACACGGACCACUUUGUGGACGAUGAACCAUUCUGCGAAAACAAGCAGCUCUCUCAGGACGAGUUGUCCAUGGCGGAGAUUGUGGGCUUCUGGCGGUGGUGCUUCGAAAAACAUAUGACGGUGGUUUGUUACAAGGAAGGUUCGGACGAAAUAGUCGGAGCGAAUCUCUUGCAUGUGAAACAUGUUGAGGAUAAAGACAACUGGGAUGUUCUGCAGAGCAAACGGAUUCAGGACAUUGCGCAUACCAACGAGUACAUGACGGAGCAGUUUAACAUUUUCAAGCACUACAACGUGGAUCACUACCUGACGGCGUACGGAUUGGCCAUCAACCAUCGCUACCGAGGUCGAGGGAUCGCUACGGAAGUGCUGAAAGCGAGGGUACCACUGUGCAGAGCGUUUGGGAUUCAAGUGACCGCAACCAACUUCACUGCCAUUGGGUCUCAAAAAGCGGCCGAGAAGGCUGGGUUCAAAAACGACUUCGAAGUGACGUACGAUGACUUUGCAAAAAUGGGCCCACGAUACAGCUUUCCAGGAAUCAAAUCGAAGAGUCUAAAGCUAAUGAGUUUGCAAAUUCAGUAGACGAUGAAUCAGUUCCAUGUAUGUUAGAAAUAAAGUGAUAAGGCCGUCAAGGCUAGAUUAGUAGAAAAAGA